AUGUUCCGGCAAAUCAACGUACAUCCAGACGACUGGGACUUGCAACGCAUUCUUUGGUUCAAUAAUAAUAAAGAGAUUACGCCAUAUCAUCUCACCACAGUCACCUACGGCACGAGAUCAGCACCGUUCCUUGCCGUCCGAGUCCUUCAACAACUCAUGGAGGACGAAGGAAAAAAUUAUCCACUCGCAGUACCUGCACUCAAGUACGGCAGAUAUGUCGACGAUAUUUUCCGCGGAGCUGAUAACACUUCUGAGCUAAAAGCAAUCGCCAAUCAAUUAAAACAAAUCUGCACGGCGGGCAGUUUCCCACUCGCCAAGUGGCAAUCAAACAGCGAAGAAGUACUCAAUUUCAUUUCACCAGCUGGAGCAUGUAAUGAACCGCACCAGCUUGGAGACUGCACGAGCAAACUGUUAGGAUUGUACUGGCACGCAAAGUCGGACAAUCUUAGAUUCAUCAUGAAAAGCCACUCGGACAAUCAAAACAAGUCCUCCAUACGAACAAUCUUAUCUGAGGUGGCUCAGAUCUUCGAUCCACUGGGAUUUUUAUCACCGCUCACGAUCAAGGCAAAGAUGCUGCUGCAGAAAUUGUGGUUGCAAAAAAUCGGGUGGGAUCACCAGGUCCCGUCGAAAGUAUUGCAAUCAUGGCAAUCGCUGCAACUUGAACUUCAACAAAUCGACACACUCAACAUUCCACGCUGGAUUAACACUUCAAAGGCCACGAAUUGUGAAUUCCACGGGUUUUGCGAUGCAUCUCAGCUCGCAAUGGCAGCAGCAAUCUACGUCACUGUCCACUCAGCAUCCGGAGAGACACUCACGACACUCCUUUGCGCAAAGACAAAAGUAGCACCACUCAAACGACUCACUAUCCCACGACUAGAACUAUCAGCAGCGCUGCUACUAUCGAAAUUAAUAACUUACGUCAAAGCCACUCUACAAGUUGACGCACAAUCAACCACUCUCUGGACUGACUCAAUAGUCACACUCACGUGGAUUCGAUCACAUGCGUCACGCUGGAAGGAUUACGUACGAAACCGAGUUGUCAACAUCCAACAACUCACCACAGAUUGCAACUGGCGAGCUAUUGACACACUCAAACGAAUACCGGGAUCAUCUCUUGCCGCACCACUCACCCCAACAGACAUUGAGAGAGCAACAAUCUACUGGGCAAAGUCAACUCAAGCAGCGUAUUUUUCACUCGAGUUGCAUCAACUCAAGGCCGACCGUGCACUACCUGCAAAUCAUCCGUUUCACCGACUGACAGCAUUUAUCGACGAACACGGAGUCUUGCUAGUUGGUGGUCGACUCGCGAAUUCCACAUUCACGUACAAUCAAUUCAAUCAUUCUGCCAAGACACUCUACACUCACAUCAUUAGUCAUCUACAACGCACACCUCCGUACUAUGCACAGUGGCACUCAACUAACGAUGGAAGAAGUUCGACAAUCAUACUGGAUUGUUGGUGGAAGACCAGCAAUCAAAGCACUCAUACUACGCUGUAUGAAAUGCGCUCGCCACAGGGGUAA